AUGCGACUACUUCGCCUUAUCGCAUACGUCGUUGAACGUCCGCUUGUCCCCGAUGUCCGGUUUGACCUGCUUGCGCUUUCCGAUGCCGAUUCAACCUUGAAGUUUCGCUUCGACGUUGCUGGGGUCCAAGCUCUCGUGUCCGCCCUGCGCCUACCCGUUGUGAUCUUAACAUCAAGCCACGACCGUUGCUUAUCUACGGAGGCACUCUGCAUCACCUUGUACCGCAUGUCCUACCCACGUCGGUACUAUGACAUGAUGGCCACGUUUGGUCGGUCUCGCGAGUCGAUAUGUCGUAUCUUUAACGACAUUAUCGAUGCAUUGUAUUCGAAGUGGAACCAGGUGCUCUACUUCUGCCAGCACAUUGUUGCCGACCGCCUUCCCGCGUACUCAAGCGCUAUUGUGUCCAAGGGCUCACCGAUGGAGAAGAUAUUUGGCUUCAUCGAUGGAAGCAAAUUCGAGACCUGCCGAAUCACUCAAAAGCGCAGCCGCCGCCAGUUGGGUUUCUCCGAUUUGCAACGCCUCCUGUACAGUGGGCACAAGUGUCGUCAUUGCUUGAAUUUUCAAGCUGUGACGGCACCCGACGGAUUGUGUGUUCACUUUUGGGGUCCAAUGGGGAAGGCUCACGCCACGACACCACGAUGCUUCGGCUUAGCAAGCUAG